UUUGAAAAGGCGGCCCUGAGAGGCGUGGGCGCCCCCCAAGCACUUCCAGCUCGGACCCCGGCUCCGCUCUCUCGUCGGCGCGCUCGCUCGGCUCCGGCGGGGGCCGCCGGUGCGCUCCCGACCGUCCUCCCGCCCGGGACUCCGGGUCCCCGCGGGCGGCCGCGCAAGAUGAAGCUGGCUCUGCUCCUGCCCUGGGCGUGCUGCUGCCUCUGCGGGUCGGCGCUGGCCACCGGCUUCCUCUACCCCUUCCCGGCCGCGGCCCUGCAGCAGCACGGCUAUCCUGACCCGGGCGCCGGCUCCCCCGGCAGCGGCUACGGGGGCCGCCGGCACUGGUGCCAUCACACGGUGACACGGACGGUGUCCUGCCAGGUGCAGAACGGCUCGGAGACGGUGGUGCAGCGCGUGUACCAGAGCUGCCGGUGGCCCGGGCCCUGCGCCAACCUCGUGAGGACUCUGAUCAGACCCACAUACAGAGUGUCCUACCGCACGGUGACGGCGCUGGAAUGGAGGUGCUGCCCUGGCUUUACCGGGAGCAACUGUGAUGAGGAAUGCAUGAACUGUACCCUCAGCGACAUGAGCGAGCGGCUGACCACGCUGGAGGCCAAGGUUCUCCUUCUGGAAGCAGCGGAGCGGCCCUCGGGCCCAGACAAUGACCUGCCGACGCCCCAGAACACCCCACCGCCCUGGAACGAGGGUCUCCUCCCUGACGCCAUCCCGCUUGCCCACCCUGGGCCCCAGAGACGGCCCACAGGCCCGGCCGGGCCCCCUGGACAGACGGGACCACCAGGGCCUGCGGGUCCCCCAGGUUCCAAAGGUGACCGGGGUCAGGCAGGAGAAAAGGGCCCAGCGGGGCCUCCUGGCCUCUUGGGGCCGCCAGGGCCCCGUGGGCUUCCUGGAGAGAUGGGGCGCCCUGGACCACCCGGCCCCCCUGGCCCAGCAGGCAGCCCGGGGCUCCCUCCAAACGGCCCCCAAGGCGUCCUCUACUCCCUGCAGCCACCGACGGACAAGGACAGUGGAGACGUGCAGCUGGCCUCCGCGGCUGUGGACACAGUGUUGGCGGGCGUCCCAGGGCCCCGGGGUCCCCCUGGCCCCCCAGGGCCUCCUGGACCACACGGCCCCCCUGGACCCCCGGGUGCGCCUGGAUCCCAGGGCCUGGCUGGAGAGCGGGGCGCCACGGGGCCAUCUGGGGAACCUGGCGGGAAGGGGGAAGAGGAGGAGAAAGCCGCCGCUGAGGGCGAGGGGGUGCAGCAGCUGCGGGAGGCCCUGAAGAUUUUGGCCGAGAGAGUGCUCAUCCUGGAACACAUGAUUGGGAUCCACGAUCCCCAGGCCACCCCUGAGGGGGGCUCUGGCCAGGACGCCGCCCUGAGAGCCAACCUCAAGAUGAAGCGCGGAGGCCCCCCACCCGAUGGCUCCCUGGCCGCCCUGCUCGGGCCUGACCCCGGGCAGAGGAGCGCUGGCCGGGCCAGUGGCGGGAAGUAAGAAGCCAGCUCUCCCAGAGGAGCCCCGGCUCCGCCAGAGACCCCGCCCCGAGGCUGAUGCUGCUGUCGGCACUGAGGACGCCCCGAGUGGGACUGGGCUCCAGGCCUGGGUGCCCGUCAGGGACACUGGCUCCCGGGGGCCUUGGGGACAUACGGCAACGCCAGAGGCAGGGGCCAGAGGGGCCCAGCGCCCCCGGCCGAGCCCUGCCCUGGUCCCUGCCCUCCCCACCCCCACUCCCUGCUGGAGACGGGGUCUGGUGGCUGGGCGGGGUGCAGGAAUCGUCAUAAUACUCGUCAUUUACUGGGUCCCUGAGCCGUCUGGGCCCAUCCGAGGAACUUCCCUGCAUCGUCUCAUUUACCCCUUAGGACGUAGGCUUGUUCCCCCCACUUUACAUGGGGGCAGAGGCUGGGAGAGGAUCACCUGCCCAAGGCCCCUGGACUGUGGAGGACCAGGGCAGGAUUUGAACCUGUGUUCUCUCUACCUGCCAGCUCCCCUCUUCACGGGGACACUCAGACGGGGCAGGUGCUGGGCCGGGCAGUCCCGGAGGCUCCAGCCGGGAAGGAAGGCAGGCCCUGCCCUGCUCAAGACCCUGGGGACCCUCUGGCCUCCUUCCUUGACACCCCUCCCUGGGCUUGGGGGUCUGCUUCACAGGUGGGGAAGUGGGCAGCUUGGCCUGUAGCUGCUCUUGGAGGCCCGGGAAACCUUGAAUAAACCCCUGACAGUCAGUGGACUUGGAGACCGUGAGAGAGGAGCAUUGGGGUGCCAGGAUCCUCAGACUGAAUUGGCAUCACCCCCCGCUGCAUCCUAAUCCCUCUGACCCCACCCACCCUGCCAGGGCCUCCCAUCACUGAGCAGCGAGGAGGAGGAUUGAAUGGGACGGUGCACCCGCUGGGGGCGUCCCUCCAGCCCUGGCCUCUCCCAGACUUGCUGAGAACCAGCAAGGUUAGGGUUAGUUUGAGUUACAAGGCAAGUCCUGUGUCCCAAGGAGAAGGAGGGGUUGUCACCUGAUUCCCAGACCCUGCUGGGGACAGACGCUCCGCGCUUGGUCCUGUGGGCCCAGCCUGGCUCCGGUCCCUGGUCCCAGUGCCCCAGAGCAGCUCAGACCACAGCCCUCAAGGCCUCUUGGGCAUCAGGUCCUCUCUGCCCUGGACCCGCCCUGGUGCUCCUCUCUUGCCACCUCGGCCACAGCAGCAAAUGCAGACACUCCCAGGUGCUGGCGCCGCCCCCGUGGUCUCUCCUUGUGGCAGGAGUGACUUGUCCCCACCGCCCUUGGUGCUACUGGGAGGCUGUGCCCCCUCCCUCUGGGCCCUGGUAACCUCUCCCUGCCCUCGAGUCCUGGACUGCCCCUCAGGAGGCAGGGCUGGCUGGGUGGGGGGCCAGGAUGUGGCUUCUCGCAAGCCUGUCUUCACGGAGGGGCGGCAACCCUCCCACAAUAAAGGUGCUCUCACCCUGUGG